AUGUCCCUGCCGGCUUCACCCCAGCACCUCCAUGACGCGCCCUCCUCUCUGACUGCCAACAACCCUGUAGCCGCACGGAGGAGCUUCACCCUUCCCACGCGCACCGCACCAAGGACAGCAUCGGUGCCUGCGUCUACAAACAGCGUCGAUGGCAUCGAAACUCUCUUUGUCUGUUCCGACUCUAGGAUCUUCUCCUUUACCACAGCCACCUCGGCUCGGCGCCCCUCACCAGAACGUCAGGGUGACGCAUGGCAGCCGAUACCGUGGAAGACGCCCACCGAGCGUGUCCUACGCAUCUACCGUGUAACCGCGUCCAAUGUCUCCUUCCUCAACAGCGGCAACCUGCUCCAUACCAUCUUCCCGCGUUCGCAAUGCUGGUGCGUCGACAACCAGUCCGUCUUCGUGCUGCGGGUCCGGCAAGACUCGUAUUAUCGUAUCGAACUCCCCUAUGAGACUGAAGAGGACAAGGCCAAAAUCACCCACUUCCAGUCGGUCCUCGCCCAAGUGAUGCAGUAUGAGCGGACACGAUGCCCCUUCCGACGAGGCGCUGGGGUCGAGGAGCUUCAGCGGCCAAAGAGUCCGCCGCGCAAGACAAUCAAGAGAAAGCCUUCAGGACAGGCGAAGAAGUGGAUUUUGGACAAGACCUGGGUGCCGGAACAAUACGGGUCGCGGCCUUCUACUGCCGGGACUGAACGCUCAGAGGCCAGCACUGCUUCGUCCAACGACGAGGAUGAUCGACGGAGCAUCUGCACGGACAAUAGUGAGGCGGUACCCGAAGCACCAGAGAUUCCGUUUGUGAGGAUACUUCCAGACUCGCACAGCUUGCUGCCCUCAUCCAAGCCGUCCCCGCGCCGUCUCUCUGUGGCAGAACGCGCAAGCAUCUUUCAGGGUGUACGCUCGGUCACGGCACCAAUCAAGACGCAGCGGACGGGAUCUGUGUCUGCAAUGCAGAGCAUCAUUGAGUCGCCAACAGGUCAGCCGAGUAGGGACGCAGAGAAGCCAGUGCUUGAGCGUCAGGUGUCGGAUGCCGGCAGCGUGGUGUCCAGCACUGACUCAUUCUACUCUCUCUCGACAGUUACUCCACGAAGCCCCUCACCCAAGUUUAUGGACGCUGAGACGGUGGACAUGAACCCGUGGGCAGCUACCUUCUCAGCACAGCAACAAGACGAGCCUAGGGGACGCUCGACACACCGCAGACAUAUAUCAGAGGCGACGGUACGUGCUCUGUCGACUGAACGGACCGAUGCAUCUGCGCCCGUGACUGCGACGGUCCCAUUCUAUGCUACGACGAUUGUGUCGACCAAUAUGCGCCCGUCGUCAGCGCCGUCUACCCCGCCGCUGGUCAGUGACUCGGACAGCGACAGUCUUGGCCGCGCCAGCCUGGAUAUUGCCACACCACCAGAGGGCAUCAGAAUGAAGCGACUGACGGGGGCGUCGCAGCGACGGGCGUUUUCCCCGAUGCCCCCGACGCAAAACCUGUUCUAUCCACCCAAGCACAGCCCUGGCAAAGAGUUUACCAAUGCCCUAGUGCGCAAGACGUAUGAGAUUGUGCUGGGCCCGCCAGCACAUCUGGUGUCGAUGAUGUUGCGGAUUGCCACGACCAUCUCCAACGGCAUUGGGCUGAGUGCAUAUCGAGCCCGCCGCGCCGAGAAGAUCCCGUGUUCGUGGGAGUCAGAUGACGAAGCAGACUGGGAUGAGGACGAUUUCGGCAUCCCGCUCAACAACAUCAGAGAGGCAAAUGUACGGCGACGAACGUUUUCUGGUGACGUGGAUUGA